AUUUUCUGUAUUACAGGUGAAGGUCGUUUCAUCACGAAACGUGGGUUGGUUAAAUUACUUAACAUUUUCACAUAUUUCUUGGUAUACACGUAGUGGUCUUACAAUCCCUUUAUUUUUUCAAGCUCGUAAUGGCGAAGAAUUUUACUAGGGACCAAAUUCUCUCAAUAGGACAACUUCUGCAGGACGAUAGCCGACCGAUGAAACAGCGAUACCGCGCCUUAUUCGCAUUGAAGAACAUUGGUGGAAAGGAUGCAAUAGAGUGUAUAUCGAAGGGAUUUUCUGAUUCUUCAGCCUUACUAAAACAUGAAUGUGCAUACUGUUUAGGGCAGAUGCAAGACGCCAUGGCCAUAUCAACGUUGAUUCAAGUGUUGGAAAAUGUUAACGAAGACCCCAUAGUAAGACACGAAGCAGGGGAAGCACUAGGAGCAAUUGGAGUGAAUUCUAAGGAAGUCAUUGCUGUACUAAAGAAAUAUUUACAAGAUCCAAUUUUAGAGUUAUCUGAAACCUGCGAGUUGGCUCUGAAAAGAUUGGAAUGGCUGCAUAGUGAUACAAACAAAAGGGAGGCCAUAACAGAAAACCCAUAUUUCUCAGUUGACCCAGCUCCACCCUGUGCUGAAGACAGUGUCCAUAUUUUGAAACAGACACUAUUGGAUGAAAAGUUGCCACUGUUUCAAAGAUAUAGGGCAAUGUUUUCGCUCAGGAACAUAGGGGAUUCCGCAUCAGUAUUAGCAUUGGCUGAAGGUUUAAAAUGCAACAGUGCUCUAUUCAGACAUGAGAUUGCCUAUGUACUAGGACAGAUGCAGCAUCCAGCUUGUGUAACACAGCUUAUUGAAAAUCUCAAAGACUUACAGGAGCAUCCAAUGGUCCGACAUGAAUGUGCUGAAGCACUGGGUUCUAUAGCAACAGAAGAGAGCAUGACAGUUUUGCAGGACUAUCUCAAAGAUUCAGAGAGAGUUGUAAAGGAGAGCUGUGAAGUUGCAUUAGAUAUAUGUGAAUACGAAAUGAGUAAUCAAUUUCAGUGGGCCAAGGGGGAUUUAUGAGAGUUUUUGAUGCCCUAUUUGUGCAAUUAUAAAUAAUGUCUGGUUUGCUGAUGAAAAUCUCUUUAAUUUCAAAUUUAGCUAUAGAAAUUGCAAAAGUAGGUUGUUAUCAGUGAUAUUAAAGCCACUUUUUGGUAUGUUGUAUAGGACCACAAAAUGGUGUUUCAUAGUUUUCUCACUGUAUGUUUUCAAUUCCUCGAUAAAAAUGUGUUAACUAGACUGUCUAUUAAAGUAUUGUUUACUAGAUCUAGUACUCUUUCACAAGAAAUCUUACCAAAAAAAUUCAGCCUUGGUUUUGUUCUUCAUAUGCUUCCGAUCUGAACAACCACUGCAAAUUUUUGUGAUAUAAAGUUGAACUAUUCUCCACAUACACAAUACAGAUAAAUAUAUCAUUUAUUAUAGAUAUUGAGCAGAAUUACAAAUAUGUUUGCCACAGCAACAGGUCACCAAUUCUACAUAAAAAAUUAGAAACCUUGUCAAACUGUGCAGUUUAUUUCUAACUCAUUUCAAAAACGUAUGAUAGCAAAUUUAAAAUUAACAUUUUCUUAUGCUUGAAUCAACUAAAAAACUGAAGUUUAUAUGGACCAUUGCCCAUAAUCAUCAAGCAUAAUUGAUGUUCUUGUCUCAACUUUUCAUGUAGUUUAUUAAGAAGAUACCAAUAGUGAACGGCAGAUAUGAUAUUAACUUUUCUUUAGUGUUUACCUUGCAUAGACUGCAUUUAUUUAUAAGUUUUCUUUACAAGAAGGAAAAUGGCUCUAUCAUCAUCAAUCAGUUGGUGAGCAACUCUGCACUCUUGAUCUAAGUGUGCAUGGGUGCCACUGAUAUGGAGAUGCAAGUUUCAGAAAUCAGUUAAUGUGAUUGAAUGAAGGAUAUGGACCUGCAGAAGUAAUAACUUUUGUUUCUGACAUGAUUAGUCACACAUGAGUAUUUAUUAUCUAUCUGUGUAAAGUUCUAAAAUAAAAAAUGCCCUUAAGUAACAAUUAAAAAUACUUUUUACACUCUAUGCACUUUGCUUAAGCAGAGUGAGCAGUUAAUGCAUUUCUUGUACUUUCAUGGUGACUUGCAUUUGAUAGUAGAUGUUAAACUAUAGUUUGAUAUUCCACCAAAGUCAUGAUAAAGCUGUAUCUUCUGUA